ACAACAAUGAGAACGAUGCGGAAUGGGACGGAUGUGCGUGCGAACGUGAGUCGAUUGGGAGAAGCCUGUGGUCAGAUGGCGACAACGGUAGCCAGGCUGUCACUGAGCUCGCCUUCGAGAGUGCGAGAACUGGCGGUAGCGUGCGGCUGACGAGGGCGUGCCGUACAUGAAGUGACCGCUUCUGUUGCAACGCCUGAUAUGAAGCCUGCUGAAUCUUCCUUGCUCUCGAUGCAAGACAGGAAUGGAUGUCCGAGGGCCUCUUCGACUGUCAUACGCGCCGCAGGAUUCUGCUGGAGAAGGCGAUCGACGAAAUCGAUUGCGACCUCGGAUACGCCGUGGCUGCCAUCCGGCGAGGAUCUGACGACACGAUGUGGAACAAUGACAUAUCUUGCGCCGGAAGUCCUCGUUCGUACCGAUAAGAAGGGCUACGAUCAGGCUGUCGAUGCAUGGGCAAUCGGCGCUAGUCAGCGAUUUGGAUCUCCGCGCAAGCGUGUCUGACUUGACUUGCGCUUUGAAAGCUGUUUACAUCUGCCUUAUGGGCGUAUCACCGUUCACUGACG